UGUACGAUACGCACCGCACGAUAUGAGUCAACACACGAGGACCGUUAGGAGCCUGAGAUGGUCGGAAAGAACCCUUAGGCGCUAAAUUCAUGACCUCGCACGGUGAAUGGCAAUUCCUUCACACCUCGUUGCCUGACCUCCAAUGCUUCUAACAUAUGUUCAUGAUAUCCGAGACCUAUACGUUAUCAAUUCUCUGAUCAGAUGGAUCCCGCGCGAUGGUCUGUUUCUUGCUUUGGCAGGACGCUUUAUCUACCCGUAAUAGUAGCAUCUGGUUGGGCUGCGCUGAGAGAGGUGCUAGCUUGUCUUGCCAUCUCUUCCCUGUUGUUCGCGUACAUCGUGCCUAGCCAUGGAUAUCUGGAUGCUAUGGGUCCUUCUCUUUUCGCCGACAGGUGGUCAUCAAUAACUCUUCGACGGUUGCAGGAUAAGCGGCUAUCCUCGCGAGUCGCAAUGCUUGCGGUCAGUGGUGUGGUCUCCAACGUGGUCUCCAACGAAAUGCGCUAAGGCUUACCGUACAGUCUUCUCAAUGUCUCGCCGACAUUGAUUCGAUUAUUAAUCUCUCGUCAUCCAGACUCAUAACCGCUGG